AUGUCCAACGAAGACCCUUCUGUUCGCCCAAUUCUACCACAACAAUCCCAAAUGAAUUCCUUUUCGUUUGCGCCGCAGCAAUAUACGCAGCGCGAGACUCAAAAGAACUAUGUGUUCGUUGAUGAGCACAACCGCCACAAGCGGCUGAAAGUUAUGAGAGCUUGCGAAGGCUGCCGAAGACGGAAGAUUAAAUGUGAUGCUGCAACAACAAACACAUGGCCUUGUUCGGCUUGUAUACGGCUCAAGCUUCACUGUGUACGACCCAACGGCUUCGAUGGAGCCAGCGACUCGACGACUUACGACACUACGCCUAUGGGCUCCGAACAAUAUCAGCAAAUGCCAAUGCAGCAUCAAGUUAUGAACACGGGCGCCAAACUUUCACCAGCUGCUAUGUAUGGUGCGCAACCUCAGCAGGUUUACCCCGAUGCGAACGCAUCAUAUCAGCAUGUUUCAUACGACACGUCUCAGCAGCCAGGAAUGCACUACGGCGCUGUUGCACCUGCCGGCUCAAUGAUGGACCACACGUACGCGGGCCAGAACGUGUUUCCCACACCUCCUAUGCACCAGCCGCCACCUCCCGGAGCUCAACAGCAACCUUCUCCCGAAGCGUAUUCCUCCCCCGGUGACUAUCAACAUCACGAUCUCGCGGACCUUUUGGGAACGCUCAAGGUCAAUGAAACUGGCACAGCUCCGUAUCUUCGGAAUAAAGCAUCUUUCAGACAUGAAGAGCAGGCACCUGUCGAAGAAGCAGAAGAUUUCCCGGGUGCUCUCCCUCCGAUGAUGCCUGCACCUGGUCACAAGAUCCGCAUUCCGCCUGAGUUGAUGCCAGAUGACGAAACAGCACUGAACUAUUUCGAUCUUUACUUUACCCACGUUCAUCCUUAUGUACCCGUACUUUGCAAGACUGUUUUCUAUCAACAAUGGAAUACGGACCGAGAGUCAAUUUCUCCAUUGAUUUUGGAAGCGAUUUUUGCUAUGGGAGGACGAUUGGCCGAGGAACCGACUGAAGGUCAACAAUGGCUUGCCCUUGCUUCCCGACACGCCGAUUCUUUCAUGGAUGUUCCUCGACUGAGCACUCUUCAAGCCUUGCUUAUGAUUCUCAAGGCUCGCGAAGCUGCCCCUAAACGAGGUUACUACUAUCGCUCCUGGAUGACUGUUGUACAGUGCGUUCAAAUGGGCAAAGAUCUGGGCUUGGAUGAACAUCAUGAGGAUCAUCAAGCAGGCAUUGCUUGCGAAUUCACAGCUGCCGAAUGUCAGCUUCGAAAGCGUAUCUGGCAGACGAUCUUUGUGUGUGAGGUUAUGGUUGGCGCUCCCCAAGGCCGACAUGACCAUGCUGUCAAACUCAACACUGUCGAUUUCACGCCUUCGCGACCAGUUCCCGGAUGCGAAGAAUCAGAAUAUCAUACAUCGCGCAACUUCAGCUACUUCUCCCAGGUUGUGCGAACAGUAUCCGCGAUGAGCAAAGUGUAUACGAGACUCCGAAGACGCAAGGAUUGGGGCGUAGACCCUGAGUUCCAGCAGCUGGGGCAAAGCUUCAACACUUGGCUGGCAGAGCUUCCUCCGGACCUUGCUAUCUCCUUCCCACAGGAUGGGUCACCCCCAUGGAUUCCUUCACACUUUAUCGGAAACAUGCACGGGUACUACUACCUGGCCCUGAUUCUCUUCCACCGACCUAUCUUGUCGUUCCUUGACCCCAACGCUCCCGAUGGCCAGUGGAAGCGCCACAUGAUGAUUUGUUACAGUUCUUCCAAAGCUUUGUGCCGUGUGCAGGAGGCAACACUCAAUACCUUUGGACUCACAGGACUUCAGUGCAUGCAGCGAGGCUUCAGCUUUUCCCUCUAUGCUGGCCUCUCCUGCAUUGUUAUUCACCUGGUUGCCAUUGUUUCACCCGAUCCCGAGUUCAACAGCGAUGCCCGCGAAUACUUUACGAGGCAUAUGCGGGUCCUGGAAAAGGUGAUGGAGUCCUGGUCUAUGCCUGAGUUGGAGAAGCAGAUCAACGCGCUCCGAGAGGCGUUUUCAGCAGAUGUUCGAAAACCGUUUGUCUUGAAGCCAAGCUUUCCCUACGGCAGUCCUCACCCAUCCACCCAUUCCAGCCCCCCUCGUGGUUCCGAGCCUUUCAGACCGGUCAUUCACCGGACAGGCUCCAUAGACCAGCACUUGGAUACACAUGGUGCCCAACAAGUCAGUUAUAUGAACCACCCCAUCACACCUCCCAUAUCAGCCGGCCCGAUGGACAGCAAAAGUGACUCCCCAGCUGUACAGUCGCUCGUCAUGAUGUCGCAAGGAACGCAAGGUCCCGGUAUGCCCCAGAGUCUAUCAAUGGCGGAUCAGCCAGGAUGGAACCCAUCCCGACUAUUUGAACAAUGGAACACCACAUUUGGUGCUACGGAAGUUCCCACCAUCCAGGAUAUCCAAGCCGUCCAGGCAACAAUGCCAACUGGAUCGCAUCAAAUAUCUCCACCUCAAUACUCAGCUGCUCCCGUGCCCAAUUUUGUCACGCCAGCCAUGUGGCAAGAGUCGGUUGCAAGUGUUUAUGAGGGUGGAUUGAAGCGAGGCUGGGACUACGAUGGUGUGGCAGUGAUGAAGAGACACUGA